UAUGGGGGUGCAGGUAUCUUUUCGAGGUAGUGAUUUCAUUUACUUCAGAUGUAUAUUAAUAUAUACAAGUUUCUUCACCUCUGACCCUUGGUCCUCAUAUCUGAAAAGCUGAGGAUAAUAAUAACAACCUGACAAGAUUGUCCUGAGGCUUCAGUGGUAAAUCUUUAAAGCCUUUAAAGUUCCUAGCCCAUAAAAAAUAAUAAAUAUAGCUAUAGUUGCUAUUUUCAUUUUAGCAAAGAGGAAACAGGAUCAGAGAGGUUCAGUGACUUGCGCAGGGUCACACGGGGAAUUGGUGAGAGAGCCAAGUCUAGGACCCAUAUUUUCUGAUUUCCAACCUAGGAAGCUUAACCCCACACCCCUACUACCUCUACCUCAUGGGACAGGAUAGGGCACCUCCUCCCUGCCCCUCUGGGAAUUGGAGAGACCACUAUGAGGUCGCUGGAUAUAUUAGCUAUGAAAGCCUCCACAGGAGUCAGGUCAGUAAAUUUGGGAUUAACAAAUUAGUACUGGUCUCAGAGGGUUAUUAGGAGCAUCAAAGGAAAUAAUUCAUGGAAAGGGCUUAGCAUAAUGCCUGGUAUACUGUAAGGGCUUAAUAAAUGGCAGCUGAUGUUACUUGGAUAUGUUGAAGUGGCAGACAUGCUGAGCUAGAGAGAGGAAGUACAAGUGUAAUACUCCUUGCAGAUACAGCAGAAAGGGGCAUUUGAAAAGGUUGCAGAGUACUCAUUCCAUUUGAAUUUACAAUCUGCCAGAUACUUCUUGUCCCUGUAGAUAUUCCUGGAGAAAUGGCCAAUCCUCACAGGCAGUUUACAUAGUAGUUUGGGAAGCAGAUGGGAAAUACCAGUUAUAAAAUUUUAUAAUUACUUUUGUCAUAAGCAUCGUGAAGAAUUGCAAGGAGGUUUUGUGCAAUAAUUGGGUAAAAGGAGUUUAAGUGGGGAGCUGGACAAGAAGAUUAAAUAAGGUGGUGAAAAUAGACAGCUGCCCUGCCAUCUUUAGUUAUAUUGAAAACGAUGUGCGCAAUUACCCCUCUCUGUCAUGAGUAUAUCGACUUUCCACUUGGUGCUCUGUCCUUAGUUAAUUUUCUCCCCAAAUGCAUUUGGCCUUUUUGGUUUUACACUUCACAUCCCUUUUACCUGUAUCAGGGUUAUUCUCCUUAUCGUCUCUAACUACUUCAUCGUUACUGCUUUGACUGCUUUAUAUUAAAUACAAAAAUAUUCAGAUCACGCAUGGAAUUUGAACAGCACGGUUUCUAAGCCCUCUAGCCCCAGUGUGGUUUCCUCCUCUGGAUACAGUAAGAACACAGUUACCUUUUGCCUCCAGUCAGUAAGUAGUCAGGCAGUCAUUUAAAACACGCCAUGGUAGGAUUAAACGACCUGGAGAUACUUUUCUCUCCCUUAAAGUAAAUAAAGUAAAUUUUAAUUUUUAUGAAAGCAGUCUUCAGUUCUCCUCUGUGUUUCAUACUCCAGUGGCACUCGAUUUGUAUAUUGUAUUAUAAUACCACAGGGCUAGUCCCAUCAUCACGUUGAACUCAUGGGAUGAAGAAACUGUGUGCACAAUCUAAGGUUCUUAUUACUAAUCCUUAGCAUUUAAUUAGUUCUUUGUAAAUCUAAAGCACUCCUACUCAUUUUUAUGAGUUUCUUCUCAUCACUUCCCCGUGAGAUGUCAACUUUAUUACCCUCACUUUAUCUUCGUAUUAUCAAGAGGUCAGGCAGGUUUUAAAUUUCAUUUUUUUCCUGUUUGUAAUUAAGAUUCCCUUUUCUUGAUCAUGUAUUUAACUUUAACCUGUUUCCACUGAAACGUCUGCUCGGGUCAGAUGUGACCCUUCCCACUGACCUAGAGGAAAGCAAUUACUGAACAAAGCCACAUUUUAGAGGAGCCGUAAAGCAAUUGCAAUUAUAAAGGCCAGUCGGAGUGCCCAGGCCUAGAAGGAAUCAGAUGGAAACAAAUUAAUAAAACAGAAGCCAUAAAGUAUAUAAAAAUGAGGCAGCUGAUUAAAAAAAAUAAAAGAAAGAAAGAAAACGUGUAUACUCUCUUUAUCCCUGGCUUAGUGUUUACGGGAAUUUCUUGUGGUUUUUCUGUGAAAUGUGUUCGCUGCAGUUUUUCUGUGCUGAUUUUAGGGAGCCAGGAAGGGAGGAGGCGGCUCCUGUGAAGUACCAUUAAUGACUGAUAAUGUACAAUCUGUGAAGGUUUUACCGACCCGGUAGAUAGGCUUGUUUUCUUUGGUGUUUGUCCUGACAAAUCAUUAAUAUUUCCUUAUUCACCUUUCUCUUCUGACCAUCCUGAUCAGGUCAGUUAUCUAAGCUCUUGCCUCAUAUCAUCCUGGAAUUAGCUGGAAGGUACUGAGGAGUAGCAUGAAUAGGCCUGGCAGGUCUUCUGGAAGCACUAUUCAUUUAAACUUGUGCGUCCCCAGCUUGAUCGAUGUGCACAUGAGCCAUGAAUGACCUGUGGCCUUGAGACUGGACUGGAAUGUGCAGUUUUAAAAACAAAGCAUAAUUAGAGAUUAGGAAUAAAUUCUGUUGGAAUUUUCUUAAUUGGACUCUCUGAGGCCUCGUCCGUUUCUGAACCCUUCCAGUGGAAUCCUUGUGGCACAAAGAAGAAUAUCUUACACUUUGUUCUCUGGUAUCGUAGUAAUCAAAACUCUAUGAACCCGGCAGAGCAUUUCUAACACCUGUGUGUGCUUUUUCAGUUUGUGGCAACACCUUCCUCAAACUUGUGGGCACCGCCUGCUGCCAUGUCGUUGAGUUGCCUCCCGCUCUCGUCCUAAUCUCAGUUUAGCCCACUGACACUUUAUCCUCGCCGGUAGCCCAGAUCCUCAUCACUCCUUACUCUUACUCUUACUCUUGCCGGUUUCCAGGCUCUCCCUCCUGCAGGGAAAGCAUGAUCUUUGGUAAGGGGCAAAGUGAUGAGGCCAUUCUGUAAACCUCCAAGGGCUUUCUGUUGUCUAUAGAAUGGAAUCCAGACUCUCCCGAAGGGGACUCAAAGCUGUCUCCAAGCUGACCCCAGGCUGUCCUUCUGCCCCAAGUCACAGCCACUCCCUUUGGCUUCCGUUGGUACGCCAGCCACAACAGAUUUGCCAUAUUAGCUGCCCUAUACCAGCCUUCCCUGUUACCAUUCCACUAACUUAUGAGGCUCCCAGCCUGUUGUAACCCUCUGCCUCAUCUCAGCUUGCCUAGAUCUUCCUCUUGUCCCAGUACAGCUCUCAUGCUUACUCUUUGACAAAGUCUUCACUGAUCAGACCUUCAGGAUCGAUUUCUGCUCCCCGCCACCCACCUUAGUGCUCUCACAGCACCUUGUUUUACCGGCAUUAUUACACCAAUCUUGUUUUCUCCUUUUCGCCUUGGACUUUAGGUAUUUGCAAAAUAUCUAAAUUCAAACUUGUAAGCUUCAUUGUAAGCUCCAGGAUGCAGGAGAUCUGUCUAAUUUAGCUUCAUGUCCUUUUCACUCCAGAACUUUAUAGGAGAUAAAUUAAAGUGACAGUGUUAAUUGGCAUAUGUAACAAUGACUCUUCUUAGCUACUGCAGUGCCCUGCAUAAUGUGUGCGCCCCAUAAUUUUACUCAGUUGGAUGUAUUUCAGUGUUCAAAAUCAUCCAUAAAUUCAACACCUACUUGUUGAGCGUCUACUGUGUUCUAGGUUCCAGGGGGGACAUGCCAGUGAAAAAGGCUAAAGGACUCAAUUCUCAUGGUACUUAACGUUCUAUUGGAAGGCGAUCAAUAGUAAUUUUAGAUAGUGAACUGUGCCAUGAAAAAACAAAGCAGCAUUUAUGGUACGGGAGAACUGUUUUAGGUGAGGCGAUCAGAGAAGCCUGUCUAAGUUGAGUAAGUGACAUUUGAACAGAUCCAAAUAUUGAGAAAGAUGCAGCCAGACAGUGAUCAUAAGGUCACUGUUAGGUAAAUUAAAGAGAUGCUGGUACGUUAUUCUUCAUGACUUUUCUUGUAAGCACAGCUGUGGCAAUUGCUUAGUCAAACCUUUGGAAUCCGUCAGGCAUCCUCCACCCAUUUUGCUCAGUGUUCCUAAUAUUUCUCACUCUUCCCUUCCUGCGUACCCUCAAGCCACGGAGACAGUCAUUUGCUGAAUCUUGUCUUCAGCUGUCACACCUAUUGAUUUCUGCAUGGAUGAUCUGGUUAGCUUUCCUGGCAAUCUGACCUACGUAGUACACUUCUCCAGGAGAAUUUGCGAAACGUUUUGUAACCCUGUGCUUUUGAGAGACCUCAUCAUGCUAUGUGGGAGUGUAAAAGAAUACUAGAAUCCCCAAACUCUAGAGCUUGCAGAAAAGGAAAUUCAAGAAAUGACAUCCAUGGGGCACCCAUAUCAUGUCAGGCGGUUUGCUGGGCACUCUUUAUACACUAUCCUAUUCGGUCUUCAGAAGCCUGUGAGCUUAUUAUCAACUCCACUUUUUAGAGGCAGCAACAGGCUCACAGGGAUUAAGUUGUCCAGGUGACGCUGGUCGCUUGCAGUCUCCCCGCCUAACCACUCCUGUGAAUGUCUCCAUGGACUUGAGUGAAGGAGCCUGUGCAUUCCCAGUGCAUUGGAGGGCCUGUGUGCUUCCUGCUCCCUUUCUUUUUAAGUGGAAAGAGCUGAGUCGCCCACUCUUUGCUUGUUUUGUCUUGUUCUUGAGAGAAUAGGGUCUUGGAACCUUGAGAAAAAAUUAUAGCUAUUUUUAUAAGAUGUAAUUUAUAACAUAAUCAUUAUUAUUAUUUUGGCAUAGAAGAGGAGGGACGGAGAAGUGUGACCCCCAUACGCAUUGAGCACAUGCAGUACUUGCAAGAUUUCCUGGAGGUGGGGAGUGUGGCUUGCUGUAUGGAGGGAAAUUUUUGCUCCCCUCCCCCCCUUUUUUUUGUAUCUAGGGUUACCAGAACACCAGUAUUAAACUAUGUUGCCGUGUGAACUUUAAACAAAAGAUGUUGGAAAUUUGCUUUAGAGUUCUGUCCUUGAUUUUUCUGAUGCAUGGGGGGAAAUGCCUCUCCUUACCAAGUUGAAUGAAUUCUUUUCAACAAGGCUCUAAUUUUUCCCAAGGAUUAAGAAUAAUGCCUUAUGUUUGGAGAGUGCUUUGUGGUUUCCAAAGCACUCCCAGGUAAUUAUCUUAUUUAACCUUCAUACCUACCUUGUCCGGGAGGCAGGGCAGAUGUUUCUGUUCUCAUAUUACAGAAGAAGAAAUUUGAAGUCCAAAAGUGAAAGGGGAGGAGACGUUGGCUAACAUCCCAGUUAUGAUUAGAACCUAGGUCUUAGCUUUUCUUUCUAUUAGCGGAUACUGCCUUUUUGUUUUUGUUAACCCAAAUUAGGGACAGUCAGGUUUGCAUUUGGAUUAGUAACUGUGUUGCAUAUUUCUUUCUUACAGGUCCAGUUAUCCUUUUGACUGUCACAUAUGGACUCCCAAAAAUCUCCGAAGGAUAGUGUCCUCAUUACAGGAGGAGGUGGCUAUUUUGGUUUCCGCUUAGGCUGUGCUCUGAACCAGAAGGGAGUCCACGUGAUUCUGUUUGACAUCAGCAGCCCUUCUCAAACCAUUCCAGAAGGAAUCAAGUUUAUACAUGGAGACAUUCGCCACCUCUCUGAUGUAGAGAAAGCCUUCCAGGAUGUGGAUGUCACUUGUGUGUUCCACAUUGCCUCUUAUGGUAUGUCAGGGCGGGAGCAACUGAAUCCAAACCUGAUCGAAGAAGUCAAUGUGGGGGGCACAGACCACAUCCUCCAGGCUUGCAGGAGGAGAGGGGUGCCAAGAUUAGUUUACACUAGCACUUUCAAUGUCGUCUUCGGAGGUCAAGUUAUCCGAAAUGGAGACGAAUCUCUGCCUUACCUACCUCUUCACCUCCAUCCCGACCACUACUCUCGGACCAAAUCAAUUGCAGAGAAGAAGGUGCUGGAGGCCAACGGUACAGCCCUGGAAAGAAGUGAUGGGGUCUUGAGGACUUGUGCUCUGAGGCCAGCUGGCAUCUAUGGGCCUGGGGAACAAAGGCACCUUCCCAGGAUAGUGAGUUACAUCGAGAGGGGCCUGUUCAAGUUUGUGUUCGGGGAUCCCAGGAGCCUGGUUGAAUUUGUCCACGUGGAUAACCUGGUCCAAGCUCACAUUCUGGCCUCAGAGGCCCUGAAAGCGGACAGGGGCCACGUUGCUUCUGGGCAGCCCUACUUCAUCUCAGAUGGCAGACCCGUGAACAACUUUGAGUUCUUUCGGCCUCUGGUUGAAGGCCUGGGCUACCAGUUCCCAUCCAUCCGCCUGCCCUUAACCUUUAUCUACUGCUUCGCUUUCCUAACAGAGAUGGCCCACUUCGUUGUGGGUCGACUCUACAACUUCCAGCCCUUCCUCACCCGCGCGGAAGUUUACAAAACUGGUGUCACACAUUACUUCAGCCUAGAGAAGGCCAAGAAAGAGCUAGGCUAUGAGGCUCAGCCGUUUGACCUCCACGAAGUAGUAGAAUGGUUUAAAGCCCGUGGUCAUGGCCGAAGUCCUGGGAGUCAUGAUUCUGAGUGUCUUGUUUGGAAUAGGCUAUUAGUCUUCCUCUUGGUUAUGGCAGUUCUCACAUGGCUGUCUUCUGUGAUUCUGUCACUGUGAACGAGGUACUAAAACUAAGGAGCCGAUCACACUUGCUGAGAUGGUUUUCAAGAAACACGAGUUUUAAAAUAUAGAUAGAUAGAUAGAUAGAUAGAUGAUAGAUAGAUAGAUAAAGAUAUCUGGUGCCAAAUUUUGGCUCUUCAAAUUGCUACUCAAGAAUAGAUUAUUGGAUUAAGUCUUCAUUUCUUACCUCCUUGCACUAAUCCUAAUGGAAGAAUGAAGAAGCAAAGAUAAAUUUGAAAUUUGGCUUCUUGUGUGUCCUCUUUCUUUAGAUGGGUGCAGUAGAAGUCAUUUUGUAGCCAUAGACCUAAACUUAGUUAGGUCUGGAAAUGUCUUCCCUGAAUUUCUCAGAAGCCAAAGACAUACUUAUUUCUGUUCCAUACACUACACCUACUUAAAAUGGACUAAAACGCACACUGAUACGGACAUGGCAAAAUGCUAACAGGCUUGAAAAUGUGUGAAAAACACCAAAUUGGGCCAGAUCCCUACAGACCAACCCUCUGAGGAGCUGGUGGCUAUUGCAGGGGGCCAUUAGCUAUUUAUUGUGUAAGUUUUGAGAAUUAGUUUUUGCCCUUUGUGAUAUAAAGGCAUUACCCGUGUGACCACAUGCUAAUGUUUGAUGUUUAAACAAAUAGACCUUUAUCUGACCUUACAGGAUUCUUUGGAGGAUUAAAUUAGACAUGGUUAUAAAGUGCCACUCAGCAUGCUUAAGCCAUUAUUUUUAUUAAUAUUGUUAUUAUACAUUCCUUAUGAGUGUUUUCUUCCUUUGGGGUAUUCUGUUUAGACAGGGCUGCUGCUGCUAACCUUUCUGGAAUGCCUUCGUGGUGUGCCCUCAAAGUCUGUAACAAAUGUGUUUGAAUAUACUCAGUUUUUGUGAAGUUUUGGUGUUUGAGGCUAGACUAAAGUUUAAGAAACAGCUGUAAGUCUGAUGAUUAAGGAAGAUGACCAAGCCGGUGAUGCCAUUCAUAAUUAAAAACGAAGCAGAACUCUAAACUAAUAGACUGGCUUUCUUACUGGAAGAAUUUUUGGUUCUCUGAAGGCCAUUUCCAAUGAGGAAUGUUUUGAACAAGGGCCUUGUCCAGCCAUCCACGGGGACUGCCUUGGAAGACAUGCAAGUUGUUGCAUAGGAACCAAAGUGGAAAGAAGACAGAAUCUUGACCCAGGCCAUGAUUCCAGCUACAGAAAGGACAGUAUUAAAACAUUGUAAAAUAGCAUAGAUUGCCCUGGAAAGUAAUGUUAGAGUUGUUCUGAGAGUCAUGCUGGAAGAAGGAUGCCAAAUGAACAACCCCUCCUGAGUGCUGCUUGGAUGUUUUAGAAAAAGUGCUCAACUUGAUACCAGAAGAACUAUAACCAUGAAUAGUUUGUGUGACCUUAUCCAAGUGACUGAAGCCUCUUAUGCUUUAGUUCCCUCAUUUGGGAAAUGGGAAUGACUGUAUUUGCCCUUUCUAUAAACCCACCUCACACAGUUUGUUGGAAGCAUAAAAUGAGA